AUGAUGCCAACUGAAGAAGGUCCACUGGCAGAUGCUCUUAACAGAGCUCUUUUUGAACCAGAAGCUAAGUCAAAUCAAGAGUUUAUCAAGAAGGCAAAAAAGUUGAUUAUGAUGGUUGAUAAGUUGGAGAAGAAGAAUAUGGUUAUGUUUCCUGGAUGGGCUGGUCCUGGAAAGCCAAGGCCUUGUGAAGUCUUCAGGAAGGCUCUGGAGGAAGCUAAAGAGGCUGGUGUACCUCGAGCUGCAGCCAUGGUGGGUGUACCUGAAGCUGCAGCCAUGGUCAGGGCUCCGUUCCUGGUCUUCAAGGUACCAAUCCGGAGCUUCAGGAAAAGCAAUUUCGGCGCUUUUUUCAAACCUUGGAAACUCCCAAAACUCAGGGUUCAGUGUGGCUCGACAGAUCUGACACUAGCCAUGGUCGGGGCUCCGUUCCUGGUCGUCAAGGUACCAAUCCGGAGCCCCAAGAAACGCGAUUUCAGCGCUUUUUUGAAACCUUGGAAACUCCCAAAACUCAGGGUUCAGUGUGGCUCGACAGAUCUGACACUAGCCAUGGUCAGGGCUCCGUUCCUGGUCGUCAAGGUACCAAUCCGGAGCCCCAAAAAACGCGAUUUCAGCGCUUUUUUGAAACCUUGGAAACUCUCAAAACUCAGGGUAUGUGUACCUGAAGCUGCAGCCAUGGUCAGGGCUCCGUUCCUGGUCGUCAAGGUACCAAUCCGGAGCCCCAAGAAACGCAAUUUCAGCGCUUUUUUGAAACCUUGGAAACUCUCAAAACUCAUGGUUCAGUGUGGCUGGACAGAUUUGACACUAGACAUUUUUUUCAAAGCCUGA